GCGCGCGGACGGCGACGACACGCGGCGCGCGCCGAUCACGAUGGGGUUCUUCGACUGGUUCUACGACAUCCUCGCCAACCUCGGGCUGUGGCAGAAGAACGCGAAGAUCCUCUUCCUGGGCCUGGAUAACGCCGGGAAGACGACGCUGAUGCACAUGCUCAAGGACGAGCGUCUCGCGCAGCAUCAACCGACGCAGUAUCCCACCUCAGAGGAGCUCUCGAUCGGGCAGAUCAAGUUCAAGGCGUUCGAUCUCGGCGGGCACGAGGUGGCGCGCAGGGUGUGGAAGGACUACUACGCGAAGGUCGACGCCAUCGUCUUCCUCGUCGACGCCGUGGACAAGGAGCGAUACCUCGAGUCGAAGAAAGAGCUCGACUCGCUCCUGAGCGACGACUCGCUGGGGUCCGUGCCGUUUCUGAUCUUAGGGAACAAGAUCGACAUCCCGCACGCGAGCAGCGAGGAGGAGCUGCGUCACUGCCUCGGCUUGACGAAUUACACCACGGGGAAGGGGAAGGUAAACCUGGAGGCGACGAACAUGCGUCCGAUCGAGGUGUUCAUGUGCUCCGUCGUGCGUCGGAUGGGAUACGGCGAAGGGUUCCGGUGGUUAUCGCAGUACAUCAAGUGAGUUGCGGCGGCGGCGGAGACGACGAGUUGAGUUGAGUUGUGUGCACGCGCGGACGGAGGAGACGGGCGCGGCUCGCGGGGCGGGUCGACAUUUUUUUCGGAAAGGAAGCGAAAGGCGAGCGGGCGACGACGAGCGAGCGAGCGACGCGCGUCGACCGACAUCGAAUCGAAUCGAUACAAAAC